ACGCCAUCGUGGAGUGAUGCUUAAAAGUUAAAACGGGGAGUUUGUAACACUUCAUCGCCAGAACACAGAUUCGCUUCGCUUGCAUGCGACAGACACUGUUUUUCCAGAAAUUUCUUCUCCUUCUUCGCUGCGUGCAGGGAAAGCAGACUGCAGACAACCACCGAAUUGGAGAAGAAGAAGAAUGGCUUGUACGCACGAUCACAGCUGCGAAGAUCAUGAUUGCUCUUCUGAUUGGUCUCUCUACAAACACAUAGACCUCUCUAAGGUUUCGGCUCUGAAUGAAGCAGUUCCAGGAAGUGUCAAGUCGGUCUUCAAAGCUUGGGAGCACCGCCUGAACUUCUCUGGGGAACUCUUGCAAAGCAAUGAUGGUGAUUCUGAACUACUUGUCUAUGUCCCGUUCACAUCUGAUGUUAAGAUCAAGAGCAUCUCGAUUGUUGGUGGACCAGAGCGAACAAGUCCUUCCAGAAUGAGAGCGUUUAUCAAUCGAGAAGGAAUGGAUUUCUCUGAUGCUCAAGACAUGCAAGCGGUGCAGGAAUGGGAGUUGGUUGAAAAUUUGCAAGGAGUGCUGGAGUACCAAACUAGGUAUGCCAAAUUCCAGGGAGUGUCAAGUAUCACAUUGCACUUUCCCGAUAAUCUUGGGGGAGAUACUACACAGAUACACUACAUUGGUUUCAAAGGCGAAGCCACUAAGUUGAAGAGGGAUACUGUUGCAACGAUCGUGUAUGAACUCAGGCCAAAUCCUUCCGACCAUAAGACGAAGGCUGAAACUGGUGGUGGUCUUUCUCAUGUGGGAUGAGGAAAAUGUGUCACAUGCUUUUUGCUAAUAGUAGACAAGUAAUUGAUCAACCUUCUUGCGCUGACGAUGAGAAUCUGUUACUAUGUGCCUGGUAUCGUCCUUGUUUGGUUCCUUGUUGUCUUUCUUCUUGUUAUCUUAGUUGUGUACUUGCUAACCCGGAAAGCACUCACGGGAAUCUGUGUCUAGUUGAGUGAUAUCUGUACAAAUAGAUAAGGGACGUAGAGAACAAACCUCUUUAGGAUAAUCAAUCCUUAUGGUAUUUAUGGACAUCCCUUUCCACCACAACCCCACAAAACUGGACCGAUUUGGGCAACAACCAAAUUGUAACGAACAGAAGACAGCUUAUGCCGAAACUUGGGAUGCCAGAACACAGAGGAAGUGCCGGCUUGCAGCCAGAGAUGGAAGAAAGAUUUGCAGACAGAGUCCUGUGGGCUGAACGGAAACCUGAGCACUG